AUGGACCAGCCCAAAUCAGAGGAUGCUGGCGCGCCGUUCCCGCUCAGCCAACGCCAGCUGGAGGCCGCCACCUGCCGCGUCGGUCGAUUCCUGCACCAACUACGUCAGAACCCCCCGCCAGCACCCCCUCCACGCUACCAAUGCCAUGACUGUGGAAGAACAUCCCCCAAGAAAACUCUUCUGAAAAAACACAUCGAAAAAAUGCAUACCGGCAACACUUUCAAGUGUGGUUUCUGUCACUACAAUUUCAAAUACAAAUCUGCAUUGAGAGAACAUGAAAUGACGCAUACCGGCGAGAAGCCUUUCCAAUGCAGCUAUUGCGAUUACAAAACAAGAAUAAACUCCAACUUAAAGUCUCACCUCAGGAUACACACCGGGGAAAAGCCAUUCAGCUGCGAUAAAUGCGUCUAUAAGUGCACGCGGAAAACGGUAUUGAAAAGACAUAUGAUGACACACACUGGGGAGAAGCCUUACGAGUGUAGGUACUGCGAUUAUAAGUGCAGUGAUCAAACCAACAUGAAAACUCAUGAGAUGGGUCACACAGGGGAAAAGCCUUUCGAAUGUAAAUAUUGCGACUAUAAGUGCAGACGUAAAAAUGAUUUAAAUAGUCACCAAAGGAGACACACAGGGGAAAAGCCGUUUAAAUGCAGGUUCUGCGAGUACAUGUGUGCGCAUAAAAAUAGUUUACAAGUACACUUUAAAGCGAAACAUCCGGGUGAACAGCCUUAG